CAAUAAGUGACCGCACAAGUUAACCAUCUACAAUACAGUUCAUAUGUAAAGUUUUAAAUGCUCGGUUGGAAUAAUCAACGGGUCAAAGAAGAAGCACAUAUGGAUAUGAUUGCGCCACGUGGAGGCUAGUCCACCACGAUCCAUUGCAAAACAUCAUUACUUCCCUCGCUUCCUUCAGUUUCGUAAUUCAUUUUUCAAUCUAAUCUUUCAAACAAUCUCUGUACACAUCCAUGGAAAAACACAAUAAUCCAAGUCCAGGUGAAAGUGGAGCGGCAGCAAUGGAUCCGGCGAGGGAAUGCGAGGGAAAAGGAGCUUGUGAAUUCAAACAGUCUCGACUCGCUGAUACAAUCAUCCCUCAUAUCCUCAACUUGUACGGGGCUAGCGCAAAAUCCAACGAUUUUGACAUGUAUGCUCCAAAUGCUUCUUUUGAGGACCCUUUAACACAUGCUCAAGGGGUGAAGCAAAUCAAAUCAGCAUUUUACUCACUCUCUAAGGUGUUUGGUGAGUCGAAAAUAGUUGAAUAUCAAAUUCAGGAAAACGAUAUCGCACCGGGGAAGAAAGAGAUACUAAUAGACAACAAACAACACUACAAGCUCAUGGGAAAGGACAUAGACAUGAUCUCUCUCAUUAAACUCUCUGUCGAGAACGGGAAGAUCGUCCGACACGAAGACUGGUGGGACAAGAAACCUCUGAGGAACAGAGACACGGUUAGCUUCCCAUUAGUCGGGCGGUUUAUGGAGGUGGGUCGAAGAGGUAUGAUGCUAGCUACUCAUGCCAUGAUGGGUUUUGGUAAAGAUCCUGACUCACGCUAAAACAAAGGAGACCGAUCCAUCGGAAACAAAAACAGAAUAUUAUUUAGUGUCCAGACUCUUCAAAACACUCCUUGCUUUUGAGGAACUUCUUCCAUCUGUUUGGUUUAUGUUAAUGUGUUGUUGGUUUUUAGCUUGUUACGUUAAGAUACUGUUGUUAUAUGGUAUAACAUCCGGAUACUCACCAAAA